GGGGCAAGCUCACCCGAGCUCCUGCUGAUUUCAUGCCAAGAGCAACUGAGCGACUUCAGGGAUCUGCAUGGAGAGACUCUCUCCCACCAUCUCACUCUCCCUAUCCGCAGGAAUAAAAUCACAAUUGCGACCUUAGAGGACGACGCCCUUGCAACAACAAGCCGUUGCAACACCCGGCUUAGGUCGACUCCAAGAUGGACAUACAAUUUUUGGACGAGGUCGCCGAGCGGAUCAACUCGUACAUUGAAGCCAUCCCACCCGGCGUUCCCCAGUACCUCUUCGCUGCGAUCGCAAUUGCCUUCAGUAUCUGGCUCCUACAUUUGGCGCAGGCUUGGAACGAAGACAGAACUAUCACCUACACCGUCCCUCCGCCGAAGACUCCUGACGAGCAUUCGAUUGUUGAGGAGACCAACGUCAAGAUCUCUGGCACGACCGCAGUUCAGUGCUACGCCCCAGCUACCGGCCAGUUUCUUGGCUUCAUCAACCCCUCUACCCCGGCGUCCAUCGACCGUGCUGUUGAUGCAGCCCACGCAGCGCAGACGAAAUGGAAGAAGACGACCUUCCGCGAGCGCCGUCGCGUGCUGCGUACGAUGCUACAACACGUUUCAGACAACCAGGAAGCCAUCUGCCGAGCCGCUUGCCUCGACUCCGGCAAGACCAUGGUCGACGCCCAGUUGGGCGAGAUCCUCGUCACCGUCGAGAAGCUCACCUGGACGUUGAACCAUGGCGAGAAAGCCCUCCGCCCGAGCCCGCGACCCACGAACCUCCUCAUGGCAUACAAGCAUAACGAGGUGCGGUAUGAACCGCUUGGCGUGGUUGGAGCGCUCGUGAGCUGGAACUACCCGUUCCACAACCUCAUUGGGCCCAUCAUUUCGAGCAUAUUUGCUGGGAACGGUGUUCUGGUCAAGGUUUCUGAACAGACGGCAUGGAGCUCGCAGUACUUCACCAGUAUCGCGAGGGGUGCCCUUAUCGCCCACGGAUAUAACCCUGCCUUGAUCCAGACGGUGGUGUGCUGGCCCCAGACAGCGAACCACAUAACCUCCCACCCCAAGAUAUCUCACUUGACCUUCAUUGGUUCCCGCCCUGUGUGCUUGAAGGUUGCCGCGUCGGCUGCCAAGUCGCUGACGCCUCUCAUCGCUGAGCUUGGUGGCAAGGAUCCUUCCAUUGUUCUCGACUCUGCUGUCAAGGAUUUGAACCGUGUUGUUGAUAUUCUCAUGCGCGGAACUUUCCAGGCUUCCGGACAGAACUGCAUUGGCAUUGAGCGAAUCAUUGCUACGCCAAAGCUUUACGAACAGCUGGUUUCCACGCUUGCCCCGAAAGUCCAGGCCCUCCGCCUGGGCCCCACUGCAGAUGUGGGAGCCAUGAUCUCCGAUGCUAACUUUGAUCGGCUGGAGGCCCUUAUCGAAAAGGCUCUUAAACAAGGUGCUCGUCUCCUCGCCGGUGGCAGGCGCCAUAUCCAUCCCGAAUAUCCCAAGGGCCACUACUUCACCCCAACACUUCUCGUUGAUGUUACUCCAGACAUGGAUAUCGCCAACGAGGAAUGCUUCGGUCCCGUCAUGACCAUCAUGCGCGCCCCAGGCCCGGAUGCCGAGUCCGUGCUAUCCGUGGCCAACGCGCCAGACUUUGGUCUUGGUGCUUCCGUAUUUGGCAGCGACAACGAUCCCGUACUCCGCGUCGUCGUCGACGGCCUCAAUACUGGAAUGGUAGCCGUCAAUGACUUUGGCGCAACCUAUGCUGUACAGCUUCCAUUCGGUGGCGUCGGAGGCUCUGGCUACGGACGCUUCGCCGGCGAGGAGGGUCUUAGGGGCCUCUGCAACAUCAAGAGCAUCUGUGCCGACCGCUUUGGUUGGCUGGGCGUUCGCACCUCCAUCCCGCCACCUGUCAGGUAUCCUGUGCCGGAUCAGGAGCGCAGUUGGCGGUUCACGAAAGGGGUUGUAGACGUGGGAUAUGCACAGGGUCUUGUAGGAAAGCUCAAGGGAAUCCUUGACAUUAUGAAGAACGUUUGAUUCAAUGGCCGAGGAGCACGCGGGAGCUACAUAGUGACAUGUAUAAAGUAUUGAGAGGUGGUGGACCAGAAGCACAGAUAUAGGUCAAUUCACAGCAUCCCGCAUUGCUUCGAAGCUUUCUGAACUGCCUUCAUCUAGCCUGGCCGGUCUAUUUCCUAGAUGUUUGUCUCCCCACCUGAACUUCAUUUUUAUCUCGCAAUUUCUUAUUCUGGGUGAAGUAGGUUAUAACGACAGUCUACAUAUUUUCUCGUCUCUCUUGCGCAACAAAGCUCUCGGGCGCGUCCGUCUCCACGCACACG